AUGGGGAAGGAAAAGACGGCGGCACUGGAACGUGCGAAGAAGGUGACGGGGGCAGCGAAAGGCAAGAAGACGAAUAGGGGGUCGUCGUCGCGGUCGGGGCUGCCGUCGGGUUGGAUCCAGGGCGAUUGGAUCCGAUCCUCGCUUCGGCAGGAAGAUUUGGAUGAGCUGGCUGAGUCCGGGCUGAUCGUCCAUGGAGCUGCGCGGUUGCCGGAGGGGGAGACGGAGCCGCAGCCGCGACCGUUGACCGCCGCGGAGAAGGUGGAGACAGCCAUGCUGGUCGAGAGGGUGGUCCAGUUGAUCAACCAAGGCGUCACCGGCAUGGAUUUGUUGGAGGUUUAUACCGAGAUGUACUCAAUGCCCAAUGGUGAACAAGCUCUGGAGCAGGAUCAUGAGGGCGAGGACAGCGUGGAGGAGAGUGGUGAUUGGGAGUCGCCGGACGACGAUGACGAAGACGAGAGCGACGAGUCAGACGAUGAGGAGCCAGCCUCUGCCACGACUGAUAUGGACAUUGACAAGAUCCUAGACGACGAGGAAACCGACGACGCGGCUACCUCCAAAGCUACUCUACGAGACGUUGUCGUGCUUCCGGAUGAUGAAGAAGAAGUGCCUCUGAGGGAAAGGAGGAGGAGGGACAAGGGACUGAGCAGGAAAGCGCCUGAGGUUCCGGUUCCUCAGUCGACACUGAUGCCUGGGACGGCGGUCGAGCGAUCCACAGACCCAGCUCGGACCAACGUCACUUCCGCUAACCCGCUGUCGACUGAUCGCCCAUCAGGGUCGGCUGCUCAGACCCCUGCUGCUCCAGUACAACUCCACGCAUCAGACCCAGUGGAUGCUUCAACUGCCCUGCCAUCGUCGCUUUUUACUGCGUACCAAACUCUAGACGACCCGUCGAGUGCUGCCAAGGAAGCUCUUCUUCAGCUGAAUCUUGUGAUGGAGCAAAUGAAAGUGGUGCACGAGGCCAGUCAGGUGGCUUACAACGCCAGCGCUGCUCUGCAAACCAAUGUCCAGGAGGUCGAGCAACUGAAGAAAGACAAGGACAAGUUGACUGACGAGAUUGGAAACCUCAAGGCCAAGAAGGGCGAGUUAGAAUCUUAUCUGGGCCAGCUUGUUGCAAAACUGGUCUUAAAGCUUGAAGGACUUUGA